AUGACGGUCGCCACGACCACCGAAACGGUCAGCGGGACCGUCCUCUCGGCGCAGGAUGUGAACAUGAAGAACGCGUCGGCCAAGGGUGGCAACGAUCUGAACAACAACUUCAACGGCAUGGAUGACCGGCAAGGAGUCACCGAGAAGGAUCUGGACGACUAUCUGCACAGCUACAACAAGUGGAAACAGAGCCGGGCGGGGCGCGUCCUGCAGCAGUGGAUUGCCGAUUACCUGGGCAUGCGGUUUGACGCCGAAAUCAAAUGGAAGAACGUGGCCAUGAUCGGUGGGCUGCACUUGACCACCGUGGUGAUGUUCUUCAAGUACGUCUGGUAUUCGACACUAACGACGUGGCUUUGGGGAAUCUUCGUGGGUGGUUGCGCUGGACUGGGCGUCACGGGCGGAGCCCAUCGCCUCUGGACGCAUCGGGCGUACAAAGCGAAGCUGCCGUUGCGUGUCAUCCUGAUGUGUUUCUACUGCAUGUCGGGCCAGAACACUCUGUUCGAUUGGGUCCGGGAUCACCGCAUUCACCACAAAUAUUCGGAAACGGACGCUGACCCGCAUAACUCCAACCGAGGUUUCUUUUAUGCGCACGUCGGCUGGCUUCUGCUCCGCAAGCACCCAGAGUGUAUCAAGAAGGGGCAACUCAUCGACAUGUCGGACGUACUAGCGGAUCCGGUCAUCCAGUUCCACCAGCGAUAUUUCAUGGCGCUGAAGAUCCUGUUCACCUUCCUCGUGCCGUCCAUGAUCCCUUGGAUGUUCCUCGGUGAGCCGCUGUAUCUGUCCUUCCUGGCCAACUGUCUGCUGCGGUACGUGCUGACACUGAACUUCACCUGGCUGGUGAACAGUGCUGCGCACAUCUACGGCAACAAACCGUACGACAGCCGUAUCCGACCGGCCGAAAACAAAGCCGUCUCGAUCGUGGCGAUGGGCGAGGGCUGGCACAACUAUCACCACGUGUUCCCGUGGGACUACAAGGCGGCCGAGAUGGGACAUUACUCGGUGAAUGUGACCACCUUCUGGCUGGACGUGUUCGCCAAGAUUGGCUGGGCGUACGAUCUCAAGGAGCCGUCGAAGGAGCUAGUCAGCAGGACGCUGCAAAAAUACGGAGAUGGAACGCACAUUACGACACCUAUCGGCAACCUGCAGGAGGUUCCCGAGCAGGACCCACUUAAGAGCAGAUAA